UUAAAUAAAGAUAAAUCAAAACUCAAUUUAAUAAAAUACAUUUUUUUAAAAAUUAAUUCUAGUUCAAUAAAAAGAAAUUGUGAAUUGAAAUUGUGAUUAAAAGGUAUUAUAUUCGAUUUUAAAUGUGUUAGUGGACGUGGUCUUCGCUGAGGCUCGGGUUUGGGGCAGUGUGUAUUGCCCCCCCGAUCCUCGCAUAGUUAUGGCCAACACAAUAUCAAAUAUGAAAAUGACCAACACGAUAAAAGGGCUUGUGAGUAAACGACGUCGAAGAUAUCAAGCAGAUGGUUUUAAUUUGGAUUUAACAUAUAUACAAAAAAAUUUAAUAGCAAUGGGUUAUCCAGCGGAAAAAUUAGAAGGUGUAUAUAGAAAUCACAUAGAUGAUGUAGUAAAAUUUUUAGAAUCAAAACAUAAAGAUCAUUAUAAAAUUUACAACCUAUGUUCAGAGCGUUCAUACGACUGCGCCAAAUUUCAACAACGUGUUGCCACAUACGCUUUCGACGAUCAUAAUCCACCCAAAAUUGAAUUAAUCCAACCUUUCUGUGCGGACGUACACAAUUGGUUGAUGUCCGAUCAACGUAACGUCGCUGCUGUACAUUGUAAGGCAGGCAAGGGACGUACUGGGACCAUGGUAUGCUGUUACAUGUUACAUAGUAAACAAUUUCCAACAGCAAAUGAAGCACUUAAUCAUUAUGGUACAAUGCGUACAUUGGAUCGUAAAGGUGUAACGAUACCAAGUCAACGACGAUAUGUAAAUUAUUAUGCGCGUUUAGUUAACGAAAGUUUAAAAUAUACACCAGUUACACUGUACAUACGUGAAAUACAUAUUGAACCGUUACCAGCUUUCAACGGGGGCGGACAGGGGAGCUUACAAUUUUUUGUAUCGGAAUCGAAUAAUCGUGUAUAUACAAGUAGUAUAUAUGAAAUAAAAAAAGGGACGACAAGUAUAACAAUACCGCUAUCAUCGCUUCCAGUAACGGGCGAUGUGAAGUUAGAGUUUGUGAAUAAACCGAAGAUGAUGCGUAAAGAGAAAUUAUUUCAUUUUUGGUUUAAUACAUUUUUUGUACAAGAGCAUAAUUUAUCAACUGUGUUAUCAACGGUGGAUCGUGGUGCGCAUGUGGAUAAUGGAAAAGUUCGAUCGAGUAAUAAUCAAGGACCACCUAAUUCUGGACAUCAGAAUGUGAUGAAUAAUGAUUGUGGUGUGAGUAGUGGAGGUGAAAAUCGUACUUUAUCGUUGACUUUAAACAAAUGGGAAUUAGAUGAUGCCCAUAAGGAUAAACAAAAUAAAUUAUUUUCACCUGAUUUCAAGAUAAGUUUAUUAAUGCAAAAGACAAAAAAAUGUGUACUUGGUGCUGAUGAUUGGUUACCAGAUAGUACACGUUCACCAAUCAAUAUACUAGGAUGUGCUAGUACAACAACAACCACAUCAUCAACAGUUGGUACAACUGUUGUACGUCCACAAGAUACACCAUCUGAGAGUUCUGAAGCUGACUCAACAAAUACGAGUAGUGGUGAGGAGGAUGACGACGACGAUGAUGAUGGCUGGGAAAGUGGUGAAUCAACUUAUCUGUGACCUGCAACUCUGUUCCCGCCUCCUCUGAUGGUUGACAACUGUAUGCUAAAAAAAAAUUAGGAAUAAUUAAAUACAAAACACACAAAAAUAAAACAAAUGAGUGUUGCGCAUGCUCUAACUACUACUACUACUACUACUUUUUAAAAAGAAGUGUAUUUAUUUACUAAAUAUUGGUACAUAUUUACGGUAUUUUUUCGUAUCUUUUAUGUUCAAAUUAGGAAAUCCUAAUAGUAGGAUGUAUUAAAUAAUAGGUUUAUGUCUAGGAUAAGCACACAAAACAUUGAAGUGAUCAGAAAACAUUUACUUUUGGAAGAAAGUGUAAAACGACGCAGCCUCAAGUUGAAAAUAAGUGAAAAAUUUCUUUUUAUAAAAAGAUGACGUAGGUGAGUGGAUGACUUAAAAACAGGAGUUGCUAUUAAACCUUAAAAAUUUUUGGCGUUUAUCGCAACCCUGUAAACCAAUAUUUCGAAUUAUGUAAUGUUGUUUGGAGAAGUAUCUACGAUUUCCAAAUUUUGUAGAAUAUUUUUUUCAAACAACCCAAUAAGUACCUUAAAUAAUAAGCUUGCUAUUAGUUUUUCGUACUAAUUUUUCUGCAAUGUGUUUAUGUGAGUAAAUUUACGUGAAAUAUGUACAGGGUCUUAUAGGGGUGAAGUAGCAUAAUAAUGGACAUAUGUAUGUACCAAUAAUUAUGAAAAUCGUAAAACAACGACGAUUUACGAUUAAUAAUGUAAGUAACUUUGUGUCAUUUAAAGUUAGAGAUAGAUAUGCACAGAAUUGUCGCAGCGAAUAAUGAUUGCAAGGCCGUCAAGGUUGAUUAAUUGAAGAACUCGUCUUUUUCAUUUGUUUGGAAGCAAGAAAAAUUUAGAAGUCCACAAACAAAUCAAUAUUUUCGAAAUAAAUCUUAAUCCUCUCCCGUUAGGUAUCGUUAUACGCUGCGAUAAAUCGUUCUCGAUAUGCUCUAGCUUUCAUUUGUGAAUAUGUGCCAAUUUUUUUUUUAAUUUACCUACAACAAAAGCACUUGUAUAAUUUUUUUUGUACAUAUUAUUUAUAAAAAAAAUCAAAGCUAAAAAGUAAAAAAACUAUAAUUUUUACUGUAGAAUGUUUUAAUAUGCAAAACCGUAUGUAACCAAGGAAUUAAGUUUUUUCACAAUUUCUCACUUACCUUAUUAAUGUUAAUA